GGUGAUACGCCUUUCUCUCUCGCGUUGCCUUUGCAGGUUUAGUCGCGUGACUUUUAUCAGGGAUUCGCGUGUCCGCUGCUAAAAGCGGCUCGCAUCUCUCCUGCCUGAAUACCGUGUUUGUGUGCGCACGUUAUAAGUGAGCCGUAACUAGCGCUUUGUGCGAUCAACCCCUGGAUCUAGAAAAAAAAAAAAAAUAUUUAGCGCCGAAUGAUCGCUAGUGUUGCGACCGUUCAUCCAUCCCUGCCUCUGAACGGAACUGCGGCGGCAGAUCGGCCGAUGACUUUAACCGACGAAGAUAUGACGGUCGUUACUACCGCGCCCGCCGGAGCUGAAGUGCUCGUGUUCGAUACCGCGGGCAAGCAUCAUCGCAAGAGGCGUCGCGGUAAGAAGCGCCGUCAAGGCCGGGACGAGCCGGAUGCCGCGUUGUCAUCGUCGGAUGCCUCUAGUCCCGUCAAGUGCAGCCCAACCAAGCAACGCAAGAAACAGGUCAUGAUUCGUCCCUGCGUAGUGCCCAAGGCUCCGGCUAAUUUCACGCAGUUCAUCAUAGACGAUCACGAAAACUGUGCGCUUUACCAAAGCUUCGAGGCCUACCCGAAUGACAACGGUGACCGCGCAGCGGAGGAUGCGCGCGUAGCAGACGACGCUCAGCCGUCGUCUGGUGGCCACUACCAUCACCACUAUGGCACUCACGUUGAUGACUCCGGCGAAGAAGGGCAGCCGCAGUCGGGCUUCCCCACCGGUGAGGACUACGAGUACCUCGACUACGGCAACAUGAUGCAGUUCUACGAGAAGGACUUCGAGGCUGUGUACAGGAGCGCGAGGUUCGAGGAACUGAUGCAGUUGACGCGGGCAGAAGUGAUCGACAGGUACACGGCGCUAGAGUGCCGCGCCGCCGAAUUGUACGACGAGCUGCACAAGUUGGACCCGCAGAAUUGCCUCGAGGAGUUGCAGCGGCAGCUUCUGCGACUGCAGGACGAGAACCAGGCGCUGAUGAAGCUUAACGUAACGUUACGCUCGGCGGCAACUUCCAGUAUGACCACCACGACGUCGUCAUCGUCUGGCCACGAAGACGACAGCGACCACUGUGACGGUCAUCGGGACGAGGAAGGGAGUUGUGGCAAUGAGUACGAGUCUGAGGACAGUGGUCACGAGGACAGCUUUGAGGACGCUCAAGGUGCGCAAGAGGAUAGCUGCCAACCCUAGUUGGCGUUUUGAGGUUCGCGAACGACCGCUUUAGAUAAGCAUCGCCUUCCACAAGAUGGGGAGAGCUCUCUUUCUUUUUGUACAUUAUGUAAGCAUUUUUUUUUUCUGUUUUGACUGUCACUGUUCUUUUUUGACAGUCGGCGGCAGGCGUUAACCGCUAUCCUGGUCUAGUCUCUGUACAUACGGUUUUUUUUUUUUUUUUUUCGGCAGCUCGUCGGAAAAGCUGCAUCGCUCAUUAAAGAGAGAGAAAAAUGAAGAGAAAAAAAAAUGCGGUGAAAAAAAAGAGAGA